AUGACGUCUCAAAAAGGCAGUUACGAGGCGAAAUCCUUCACUUUCGCACACGAAUACACCUACACACACAACAUAAUAAACAUGCAAUCAAUCACCCAAUUCUCUCAAUCUGCCACUCUCAGAGUGAACGCCAACAAGGCUUCCUUGAACAAAUCGUCCAAGAAAGUGUCCGUGCAAGUCCGCGCGGCGGUGAGCAUGCCGUCGAUGGACUCGCAAGACGAAGGCGACGACGUCGUCGCAUCCAAUCCGGAAGCGUUCGUUCCGCAAGCGCCGGCGGCGCAAAAGGGCAACGCGGUUUUCUCGGAAACCGCGCAGCUCAUCAACGGUCGCGCGGCUAUGGUCGGCUUCGUCUCCGCCAUCGCGGGUGAAGUCAUCACCAAGAAGGAAGCCUUCGAGUUGAUCUUCCCGGCCAAGAUGGUUUCUGGCGUCCCGACGCACGUCAUCGACGCGCAAAACUUCUCUUUGUUUGCGUUCACCAUCGCCAUCGCGACGUUGGGCACCAUCACGCCGAAGUUUACGCAAGACAACUUUGACGAGAGCAGAGAGUUUGCCAUCUUCAAGACGAACAGUGAAAUGUUGAACGGGAGAGCGGCAAUGAUUGGUAUUGUUUCUUUGCUUGUUGCGGAGAACGUCAUGGGCCACGCUUUGUUCUAA